GGCGAGUAUCGUCGGUCGGUACUUAGGUACGUGUGUUUGUAGGAGUAUAUAUAGGUGACGGUCGCGAAAUAUAGUAGCAGCCAUCUUAUAUUUUGUGUCGGAGAAAAACAAUUUGGCCGUACAAAUGUUUCGCGAUUGUCCGUGAAGCCGCUCGAGAACGGGAGGCGUGCGCUCGAUGAGGCGUGACGUUUUUCGACCCUAGCUCGGACCACUACAUUAGCAAAGGUGGAUUGGUACGCAGGAUAUGAGCAGCUUGUCAAGCGCAACCUGACUCUGCUCCCCCAAGAAGAAGCAGUGCAACAGCAGGAGCCGCAAUCACAACAGCUGGCUCAGCCGCAACAGACUGAUAUAAUGACGUCCAUGUUUGAACAACAAAUCAAAAGCGAACCCAUGGGGUUCUAUUCUGUUGCAUCAAGCCGCUCGGAUGGUUCAAAUUCAAUGGUGAAUUUGUCUGAUGAUCGGGAAGACCUGUCUCAACAAGAGGAUCCUCUGUCGACCCAGCAGCAAACGACUUUACAGUUAACCCAGCAACAGGGUCAGCAACAAAUACAACAGAAUCAACAACAGACGCAACAGAGUCAACAGCAGCAGAGUCAGACUGUGCAACAAGAAGUUCCAAGCCGCCAGUCAACGGGUCAACAGACGGUUAAAGAAGGUUCCCGGUCAAAACCACAACCUUGUAAGGUAUGCGGCAAGGUGCUAUCCUCUGCUUCGUCUUAUUAUGUACAUAUGAAACUUCACUCGGGCAACAAACCAUAUCAUUGUACUGUAUGCGAAGCAAGUUUUUGUCGGAAGCCAUACUUGGAAGUGCACAUGAGGACGCACACGGGAGAACGACCUUUCCAAUGUGAGCUGUGCUUGAAGAGGUUUACUCAGAAGAGUAGUCUUAAUACUCACAAACGGGUACACACAGGAGAAAGACCGUACGCCUGCGAUAUUUGUCAGAAACGUUUUGCAGUGAAAAGCUAUGUGACGGCCCACCGUUGGAGUCACGUUGCUGAAAAACCAUUGGUGUGCGACAGAUGUUCGCUAACGUUCACGUCCAAGAGUCAAUUCGCAAUACACAUCCGUACCCAUACGGCGAGUACCACGUACGAGUGCAACAUUUGCGGGCGUACGUUCGUACGCGACAGUUAUCUGAUACGGCAUCAGAAUCGAGUACACCGUGAUAUGAAUCAAAGCAGUACAAAUCACAAUCCGGCUACGCCGCAGAGUACCGGUGACGGUACACAAGGUACAGGCUUCGAGAGCCCAGUUUGUGAUUUACGCUACAGCGAAGGACCUUCUUCGUUGGAUGGAUUAGCUGGCUCUAAAGGAGGGAUUGCAGCUGAAAUCGCAAGUUUAGCCAAGCAAAAUAAUCUUCAACUUCCUCUACCACUGUUACAUCCGCAGACAACCAACUAGUGUUUAGACGGCAGCGUGUCCGACUCCCUACCGCAACACCAGUCACCGCAGCAAGUAGUAUGUCCCACCUCGGCGUCAUCGCCAUUCACACUUAAUUCACCUGUGUCUCACGAGCACACCACACCGCAGAGUGUCUACCAAACUACGGGCUCAUCCAGUUCGCUGGAUAGCCUAAGCUCCCAACUCUAUCCGCAAAUAUCAUCAUCCCCUAUAGAAUCAUCGGAGUCGCAUCAUCAGUCUCAUCAACUGCAUCGCGGCAUACAUCCGCCAGGGCUUCAUCCUGCACUAUAUUUAUACGCUCAGUACUCGAAUACGAGUUCCCCGAUCUCGUACCCCGAAUAUAUUCAACGCAACAAUUGAAUAAAAGUCAGUUUAUGCCAGCAAUCACGAUAUUUACCACGAACGGAGUGGACGGAUCGGCCGCGACACGAGGCGCUACCAAACCACGGACUCUUCGAUCGCGUGUCAUUUAAUGGUGCUGGUUAAACAAAGUGCCUAAAAUAAGCAUCCGGCUUUCUGGAUCGUCACGGAUGCUUAAUUACGAUCGUGGAUUAAUAUUAACGCUAAAACAAUUUUUACGCACCUACAUUGUUUCGACUCUUACUGUCUUUUAUUUUUUUUUAUUUUUUUUAUUUUUUUUUUUUUUAAUUUUUACUUCUAUUUUAACGAAAAUCAAGUGGAUCAAUUGUAAAUUGAUGACCGUUUUUUACACCGUGUCUUACUGACAUAGUCUUGGAUCCAUCUAAUGGAUACCACGUUGACGAAGCGUAUUUUAACGAGAAUUAAAUAGCACCGUUCGAAGGGACUUUUCCUCGUUUUUAAUGAAAACCGUUCUGUCGUGGUACAUCGAUGUUAGCAUAAACUAAUGCGUAAACACGUUUCUACACUAGUUUUUCCAAGUUUCCGCACUUCUUGAUUUUACCUAUUUUCAUUUUUCCAAUCACAUCUGCGAGUACAUAUACAUAUAUAUAUUAUCUAUGUGUGUAUAUAUAUUAUGCGCGAGAAACCAUUACACAUACACAUAUUUAUAUUAUAUUUUUAAAGGAGUUUAGUCACUUGGAUCUGUGAUAUAGAUAGUAAUUAUUAUCUACAAUGUUUAAAACUAUUGGUUUUACUAUUUUGAUGGAUAUCAAAGCGAGGAAACAAAAAGAAAAGAAAAAAAAAAUAAGAUGAAUAAUAGGAAAGAAAGAAAGAAAAGCAAUGUCACGGAGCGAUGUAGCUAUCAGAAUUUAAACGGACAUUGGUCUCUACCGAAGGUGUUUGGUAGACACCCUACUACUACUUUUACAAAACAAA